AUGAACCGACGUAGUACUCACGAAGGCGACAACCAACCGGUGAAUAAAGACAUCGUGUCGAUAAUACUCGACUCCAUGGAGAAGAGUGGACAGACAAUCACUCCUUCUGACAUUCGUGACAUUGCCUUCGCUGGAAUGAUUGCCGGUCGGGACACUACUGCAGAUGCUCUAAGCUGGUUGAUGCACGAGCUUCAUCACCAUCCACGUGUACUAGAAAACCUGCGCCAAGAACUUACCACAAAACUGCCGAAAUUUGGGGAUUCCGAGAGCUACGUGCCGUCUUUGGACGAAGUUCAGGACCUUCCGUACUUGGAGGCAACGAUUCGGGAGGUUUUGCGCUUGGUUCCUCCUGUUCCAACCAUCCCGUAUCAUUGCUAUCGUGAUACGGUUUUUCCUGAUGGUACAUUCAUUCCCGCAGAUUCUGCGGUGUUGCUGUCUACCUACUCCACCGCUCGACUUGGUUCAGUUUGGGGACCUGAUGCCUCAUCUUUCGUGCCUGAACGAUUUCUUGACGCGAAUUCUGGAGAGUUACUGAAAAUGUCAACGACAGAAUUUGUAGCAUUUAGUGCUGGGUCGCGAGUGUGUGUCGGUCGCAACUUAGCCAUGUUGGAGUUGAAGCUGGUGGUGUCGUGUCUGGUGAGUUACUUUCGGCUGGAAGAAGUGAGCGGCCAGGACGUUACAUACGGAAGUGGCGUAACUAUCAGGAUGAAGAACCCGCUCAUGAUGAAGGUGGAAAAAGUUUCCAGUAGUGGCUGCUGA